AUGUCUGAGCAGCAUGGAACACCGAAUAACAGUAAUAGCUAUAGUUGUGUUGCGUGUCAAAGACCGGACUCCGACGAUAACCUUGUCGCUUGUGACAAAUGCUCUAACUGGUGGCAUUUCUCGUGUGCCGGCGUUACAGACUCCGUCAAAUUAGUUAAAUGGAUGUGCCGACAUUGCUUGCCAAAACCAGCCAAAUCAGUUUCCGUCGCCUCGUCAGUUUCUUCCCGAAGGGCUCGUCUUGAGCUAAACAUGAAGCGUCUGGAGGAACAAAGAGCGCUAGAUAAGAAACAAAUGGAGCUAGAGUUAGAGAAAAAAUAUCUGAAAGAGAAGUAUCAGCUGUUGGAGGAAACUUUGCAAGAAGAGGUCGAAACUCGAGGUGUUAGAUACCGGGUUGACGAGAUUGAGUCUCGUGCGAAGCAAACAUCGCAAUGGAUAGAGGAUCAAGCGGCAGUAGAAUCGGUUGGCAACAAACAAGAUGCUCCUGCAGUAGGAGUACCGAAUCUAGAAGAGGGUGUUUCCCUAGAUCCCCCGGCUCCAGUUUUUCAAAGCGGUACGGAAGAAGGAGCAGUAGGAGGAAUCGAUGGCGAGAUUAGAGAUCCGCAAAUGCCUCCUGAAAACAGUGCUUACAGAAGGCUCCAGCAAACGUUGCAAAAUUACGAGCAAGAUGGUCAACCAACCUUCCAGCAACUACAGCAGUUGCAAGAGCAGCUGCAACUGUGCCAGCUCCAACUGCUGCACCAAUCGACGCCUGUCUCUUCUCGAUUUCCAGGCGUUUCAAGGGGAGCCGUUCCCAAAUCGAAUCGCCACCAAAUCGCCACCGAGGAUCAUAUGCUACGUACGGCCAUACCUGAUUCCAUCCCGUUAGAGGCACCCGAUAGACGAGCCCCACACAAUCAAGUUCUGCUCCAGAAUUUAAAUCAGAUCGGAAACAUUGUUCCACCACGUCAUGGAAUUAAUGGACCAAUCCCUAUGACUAGUUCGUCGCUCGUCCGUCAAGGUCCAUCACCCGAGCAGCUUGCCGCCAGACAAGUUAUGCCCCGUGAUUUGCCAGAAUUCACCGGCGAUCCAGAGGAAUGGCCGAUGUUUCUGAGUAGCUACAAUAAUACGACGAAUGCUUGCGGAUACAACAAUGCUGAGAAUCUUUCCAGACUUCAGCGAUGCCUUAAAGGUUCUGCACUCAAGUCAGUCAGGUAUUACUUAAUGUCACCGGAAUCGGUUCCUGACGUUAUUAGAACGCUGGAAACGCUUUAUGGUCGGCCCGAAAUGAUAAUCAAUAAGCUCAUUAAGAACGUUCGUGAAACUCCACCACCGAAGUCGGAAAAGUUAGAAACGCUGAUUGAAUUUGGGAUGGCCAUUCGAAAUUUGACUCAGCACCUCAUUGUCGCUGGUCAACAAUCGCAUCUUGCCAACCCAAUUCUCUUGCAGGAAAUAGUGGACAAACUUCCAGCUGGCGUCAAGUUGCAAUGGGCUCAACACCUACAACACCACCCUGUUGCAUCUUUGCAAAUUUUCAGCCAGUUUAUGACUACUGUUGUGGAAGCAGUUAGCAAGGUAGUGGUGUACGUAGGUGAACCAAUGUCCAAAAGUGAAAAACCAAGAAGUCGUGAGAAAGGAUUUCUUCAUGCUCAUGCCGAGGUACGUGGAACCGGUGAAACACGAUACGUGCCGAAACGUUGCCCAGUGUGCGCUAAGGAUGAUCAUCGAGUGGCAGAUUGCGCCACGUUCAAAGGAAGCAGCGUGGAGAAUAGAUGGAAAAGCGUCACUUCCCUAAAACUGUGUCGAUGUUGCUUGAACUUCCAUGGCCGUCGAGCCUGUAGGAACACCAGCCGGUGCGGAGUCAAUGGAUGUGAAUUUCGUCACCAUCCAAUGUUGCAUACGUCACUCCCUCGGCAGGGAAAUACCAGCAAUAAUCGGUGCACUAACACAUCCAUCGAAAACCAUUCUCAUCAUCACUGUGGACAGUCGGUAUUGUUUCGGAUCAUUCCCGUUAUUCUUCACGGACCUACCAAAUCUAUUAAAGUGUUUGCCUUUCUUGAUGAGGGUUCUUCGGCGACUCUCAUCGAGCACGAACUUGCUGAGCAAUUAGGAGCGCAAGGACAAACUUCUCCAAUGUGUCUGACUUGGACGGCAAAUAUGUCUCGGUUGGAAUCCAAAUCGCAAGUAGUUUCAUUGGAUGUUUCUGGAAUAGGUCAGCAGAAUCGUUAUCAUCUUUCGAAUAUCAGAACUGUUGAAGCUCUAAACCUUCCUCGUCAGACUUUACGUUUUGAACAAUUGCAAAGGCACUUCUGUCACCUGGCGGGUCUUGCUGUUGAAAGCUAUGAGCAUGCAGACCCUCGUCUUUUGUUAGGACUUCACAACCUUCGGUUUGCAGUUCCGUUAGAGACGAGAGAAGGCGACUAUGGACCGAUAGCGACUAAAACACGUUUGGGUUGGUGUGUAUAUGGAAGUGUCGAUUCCCAACACGGACCCGAACACGUCAGUCUUCAUAUCUGCGAAUGCAACAAAAAUGAAAAUCUCGAGACAAUGAUGAGAGAGUACUUCAAUGCGGAUUACAUGGGAGUAGCACCGAGUGAACCACUGAUGUCUGAAGAGAACAAACGAGCUCAAAGGAUUCUUGAAAGCACAACGACUAGGAUUGGAAACCGAUUCCAAACCGGUUUAAUUUGGCGCUACGACGAAAUAAACCUACCGGACAGCUUCCCUAUGGCAGUACAACGGCUAAAAUGUCUGGAGCGACGAAUGCAGAAGGACGCAGUAUUGAGGGAUAAUCUUCAUCGUCAGAUCCGCGAGUAUCAAGAGAAGGGAUAUGCUCAUCAACUUACGAACGAAGAACAACUCACGGUCGAUGCUAAACGCGUGUGGUAUCUACCCAUCAGCGCAGUGACGAACCCCAACAAACCGGGAAAAGUGCGCCUCGUGUGGGAUGCUGCGGCCCAAGUGGCCGGAAUCUCAUUGAAUAGCCUUCUUCUACCGGGACCAGAUUUGUUAACCCCAUUGCCUCACGUGUUGUUCCGCUUCCGUCAAUAUCCAGUUGCUGUCUCUGGUGACAUCAAGGAAAUGUACCAUCAGAUUGGUAUCAUUCAAGCUGAUCGCCAUUCCCAGCGUUUUUUAUGGCGUGAUAAUCCUGACCAAUCUCCACAAAUCUUCGCGAUGGAUGUUGCAAUAUUUGGCGCUACUUGCUCGCCAUCAUCCGCGCAAUAUGUUAAAAAUUUAAAUGCAAAGGAGUUUGCGUCACAGUAUCCCGAGGCAGUGAACGACAUAGUAAAGUGUCACUAUGUGGACGAUUACCUGGGUAGCUAUGAGACGGUCGAAGAUGCGAAAAGAAUUGCUGAGGACGUGAAGGUGGUGCAUUCUAAAGGCGGAUUUGAGAUUCGAGAUUGGGCAUCGAAUAGUGAAGCUGUAUUGGAGCAUCUGGGCGGAGCAAAGGUGAAAGGUGUGAAGGAGUUGACUUCGACUGGAAACGCCAGUACAGAGCGUGUGCUGGGAAUGAUUUGGCAGUCAGAUACAGACGAAUUGCGGUUUUCAGCGACGUUUCGUACAGAAAUCGCUAAACUCAUCGAUGUUGAGGCCAGGCCAACGAAACGACAGAUCCUGAAAUGCAUCAUGACCCUGUUUGACCCGCUUGGGUUGCUGGCAUCCUUUUUGGUACAUGGCAAGAUUAUGAUGCAGGAUGUAUGGAGGGCGAAAAUUCAAUGGGAUGAACGCAUCAACGACCAAAUUUACGAACGUUGGAAGAGAUGGAUUUCUUUGUUUCACAAAAUUCGUGAGCUAAAAAUACCGCGCUGCUACUUUCAAAACUCUAACACAAGUACGUACUCAUCAACUCAGCUACAUAUUUUUGUUGACGCUAGUGAGGAUGCAUACUCUGCUGUAGCAUAUUUCCGUGUGGAGAUUCAGAAGGAAAUCUUUCAAUGCGCUUUAGUGGCAGCAAAAACAAAGGUUGCGCCUAUACAACACGUCACUAUCCCUAGGUUGGAGUUAAUGGCAGCAGUGUUGGGUGUACGAUUGGCGAAUUUCGUUGUAGCUGGACAUUCGAUAUCAAUCAGCAAAACAAUCUUCUGGUCCGACUCAAGAACCGUGCUGGCAUGGAUUAGUUCAGAACAUCGCCGCUAUCGACAAUUUGUCGCCUGUAGGGUUGGCGAGAUAUUGUUGUCAACAAAUGCAAACGAUUGGAGAUGGGUGCCGAGCAAACUUAAUGUAGCAGACGAAGCCACUAAAUGGGGUAAAGGUCCCUGUUUUGACCUUUUUAGUCGCUGGUACCAAGGACCUGAAUUUUUAUACCACGAUGAACAGUCGUGGCCGCAACCAGCUGAGCAAAACAUUACUACUGAGGAGGAACUACGUUCAUGCUACAUCCACCAAGAGGGCGCGAUACCACUAAUUCGUUUUGAUCGUUUCUCUAAUUGGAAUCGUUUGUUACGGGCGGUAGCUUAUGUGAGACGUUUCGUUAAUGCGUGCAGACAUCGUAUCCAGGGAAAUUUUUCCAGGAGAAUACUGACGCAGCCGGAACUGCUGAACGCUGAAGUCCUAUUAUGGAGAAUCGUGCAAAAGGACCAAUAUGCGGAGGAGAUUGCUAUCAUCAGGAAAAACGAAGAAUUGCCUGUCAAGAAACGAGUUCCACUAGAGAAAAACAGUGUUUUGCACAAACUGACUCCGAUCCUAGAUGCACAGGAUGUUCUUCGCGUUGAGGGCCGCAUAGGAUCUCUACAAACAGUUUCUGUUGAUAUGAAGUGUCCGAUCAUCCUUCCCAGACAUCAUCGAGUCACGUACCUGCUUGUCGAUAGCUAUCACCGCAAGUAUCUUCACGCCAACUCGGAGACUAUUGUUAACGAGUUGCGACAACGUUUUUACAUAUCAAGACUGCGCGUACUUGUGAAAACUAUUACUAACCGCUGUCAAAUAUGUAAAAUUAAGAAAGCAAGACCAUUUGUUCCGAGAAUGGCACCUCUACCUCCAGCGAGAUUAUCACCCUUUGUUCGCCCAUUUAGCUAUGUCGGGUUGGACUAUUUUGGCCCUAUUACCGUGAAGGUCGGUCGAUCGACAGCAAAAAGAUGGAUCGCGCUUUUUACGUGUCUCACAGUUCGCGCUGUACACGUAGAGGUUGCCUUCGACUUGUCUACGCACUGCUGCAUUUCUUCCAUUCGAAGGUUCGUCGCUCGACGGGGUGCCCCAAAGGAGAUUUACUCCGAUAACGGACGAAAUUUUGUAGGGGCUGAACGAAUUUUAAAACAGCAAAUCGCGAGCAUCUAUGAGAACGCGGCUAUUACCUUUACUAACGCUCAUACCAAAUGGGUGUUCAUACCGCCAUACGCCCCGAAUAUGGGAGGCUCCUGGGAGCGCUUAGUUCGGUCUAUUAAAAUUGCAAUGACUAACCUUCCACAGGAGCGUAAAAUGGACGAUGACGCAUUACAUACCGCAGUCGUGGAGGCAGAGGCGAUUGUUAACACACGGCCGUUGACUUAUUUGCCUCUAGAUUCGGCAGAACAGGAAGCGAUCACCCCAAACCAUUUUCUGCUGGGAUCUUCUACUGGCGUAACUCAGCCCACUGUUGACUUAGCAGAUGCCACUAAAGCAGUUCGGGGCACAUGGCACUUGAUCCAGUAUAAUCUUGACCACUUCUGGCGCCGUUGGAUUCGUGAAUAUUUACCCACGUUAACUAGAAGAACCAAGUGGUUUGGCGAUUCAAGGGCUGUGCAAAAGGGAGAUUUGGUCGUGGUAAUCGAUGAUACAAAGCGAAAUGGAUGGAUUCGAGGUAAGGUAUUGGAGGUCAUCCCAGGGAGAGAUGGCAGAAUAAGACAAGCAGUAGUUCAGACAUCUACUGGAGCAUUUCGGAGGCCUGUGUCCAAGCUGGCGAUUCUCGAGGUGAACCAGACAGAUAAAGAUGAGUCCAAUACCCAUCUUUACGGGGAGGGGACUGUUGGAACUGGCAGCCCUUCCUACACCACUACAGUGAAUGUAGUGGAAGUCAAUCGCAUCUGUCAACCUAGCAAUGCUACACGAGCGCCAGAAUAG